AUGAUAGACUCAUUCUUGGUGGACGACGACAAUAACACCUUACUGGCCAUAUCGGCGCUGGCGGAAAUGCUCGAUCUCCCGCAGGAAGAAAUCUAUGCUGGCUUUGGUGGCACCCGGAGUCACAAUUGGAUCGAAACACUCAAUGUAUGUGCACGGCUGCUCCAAGCUGGCUGGUGCAUCAACGAAGUAGCAACUCUCAUCAAUCGACUAGAAGGUUCUUUUGUCAAUCUUCUGGUUUAUCUCUCCCGGGUGGACUGCUCACUUCUUUCAAGGCAUCACGACCGUUGUACAAUUGCAGAGUGUAUCUACUCCAAAAUCGACUACACAACAUAUCGUCCUGCGCAUGGUUUGGGCAGAUCCGGCAAUCGACUGCUGGUGCGCAGACCCGAGUCCAGUGAUGACUCCAACUGCAUGUCUUACGUCGCAAUAUCUCAUGUCUGGUCCGAUAGAUCGGGAAAUCUGCGUGAAAAUGCCCUUCCCUCCUGUCAGCUCCAAAGAAUCCAGGUUCAAGUGAAUUCACUGUAUCCGAGUCGGAAUGGAAAUGUACCUUUCUGGAUCGACACGAUCUGCGUGCCUCGAAAGCUUACAACAAGAGAACUCGCAAUCCUAAGUAUGAGAAAGAAUGUCUUCUGCUGGCAAUCAAAUUCGCCCCUUGGGCUACUCAUCUUUGGAUGUGGCAUGAAAGUGCCUUGGCAAGGACCAUUUACUUUCCAACUCAAGGAUGCUGCGGUGGCGGGAGAUCGACUGACUACACAAUACCAUGCAGAGUUGCCCUCUGGGAAUGCUGUCAUUCGCUUUUGUGACUUGGUUGGUGACCGCCACAGUAUGAACUCAGAACUUGCUAUGCUCUUGGUGUGUGCGAUGGCCAGAUCCGAAAGCAACGCGCUCUGCGACUCUAGCGAUUUACUUGACAAGCAAGACGCCGGUUCCCAAAACGAGCUAAUUGUGCAAUCCAUUACCUCAAGACCGGAUGUCGAAGAGGCUGAAUACUUGGAUAAAGAGCACCUUGUCGCGCCGCUCGAUAUUUUGGCCAGUCCAAAUCCAAAUGACGUGGGAGCAUCAGAAAAAGAAGCGCACAUCACCGCUUUAGAGUACAAGAUCAAUCGAUUAGAAGCAGCCCUCUGGGCCGAGCUGCAAGCUCGUCAGCAGCAAAUGGAACAAUCUGGUUUGUCUUCUCGGAUCGAGAGGCAGAAACGCCCUACUGACAAAGACCUCCCCAGUAGAUGGAAAGAGGCGACUGACUCGCCUAUUGCGACACAUCACGAAGAACUGUCAAGGAUGAUCAACAACGCCCAAGGCUAUUAUGGCUCCUACCGGUACUGGCUGCGCGGGUUUGACCCAUUAUUCAUCGAAGGCUGGCAAUCGUACACGGAGACACGCUGCGUGUACCGACAGAUGCGACUCGCGGAAGCAACUUCGGCCAUUGCAUGGCGCACAACGAGCUGGGCGGGAGACGAGGCCAUCUACCUUGCCAUCAUAACGGACGUGGACGUAGUGACGGUCCAGCAGGCGCGAAUGUCUGACCCCAUGGAAGUUCUCGUCAACCUGUGGAAGACGGUUCCGAGAGAUGUGCUUUUCAUGCACCUCCCACGUAUGACCACAGAAGGUUUACGUUGGAUGCCGAGCUCUUUCCUUGACACUGGAAAAGCUGGCUCGUGCCGCGGCGAUGCGCCCAUGAUGCACAUCUCUAAGAAUAAGAGAGGGGUGAUUCUUCAGGCUGAAGGUGUUUCCCUGGAUGGGGCGCGGCCCCUGACACAACAUCAGAGCAUCUUCUACAAAGGGCACUGGUAUGAGAUUCAAAUUUCCGAACAUGAACAGCGCACCUGGGCCGAUUUGUCGGGGAAACGCGGAGUCCUGAUCUUCGAAAUCUCCCCAAACGUGGACGAUCCUAUCCGUGGAGCUUGUAUAAGCAUACUGGAGCAAAAGAAAAGCUGGAUAUAUGCGUGA